GACGGCCAGGUGUUCAAGGUUUCUGAAGAACCAGAAGACGAGUUUCAGAAGCUCAAGGGGUCGGAACAACCCAGAGACGAGUUUGAGAAAGUGAAGGUGUUGGAACAAACCGAAGAACACAAGGAAGAAGAGGAGGGUAAGAAGAAGCCUGGUCUUCUUGGGAAGCUUCACCGAACUAACAGCAACUCCAGUAUCUCGUCUAGCGAUGAGGAAGAAGUAGAAGAGGGCGGAGAGAAAAAGAAGAAGACGAAGAAAGGAUUAAAGGAGCAGAUGGCGAGUGACAGGGAACAGGAGAAGAAAGAGGAGCAAGAAAACUACUUGGACACCAGCGUCCACAUGGAGAAGAGUGAUGACGUCAACCAAGCCCCACCACCACAUGUUGAGUUGGUGGCAUAUCCAGAGGAGAAGAAGGGUUUGCUGGAAAAGAUCAAAGAGAAGGUACCUGGGCGACACAAGAAAACCGAAGAUGCCAACGCAACUUCGCCUUUACCUUCUCCGGUUAGUCCGGCGGAGUAUGCCGGAGAAGGGCAUGCUCACGAUGGGGAGGGCAAAGAGAAGAAGGGAUUAUUGGAGAAGAUCAAGGGAAAAAUUCCUGGGUACCAUAAGAAUAGUGAGGAGACUACGGGUGGGCACUAA